AUGGCCGGAUCAGAUUCGCAAAGGAGUGAAACCCCAGAAGACACAUUAAGGGCAACGAUAACUGCUCCGUUCAAAGCAAUCGCGUCGAAAUCCGCCCAACGCGCGUACCUAGGAACAUUAUUCUUCCUGGUGACGGUUUUCAGUCUCCUGGGUGUGUCCAUUGUGUCAUAUUGGGUCUUUUAUUACAAUUAUGUGCCUCAAAUCAGCCUGGAGCGCCUGGUGCAUUUGCAGUUCGGGGACGGCCAUCCCACCGGUUCCGCUCUUAUCGGGCCCGAACUAGCUCAUUCCCAAGCCUACGAUGUGACAGUGAUUCUCUACCUCCCGCGUACUCCCUCGAAUCUUGCAGCAGGCAACUUUAUGGUCGACCUCGCUCUCCUAGAAGGAACACAUGGCGCAAUGGCAAAUGUGUCGAGCUCCACAAUCAUGCGGUCGCGCAGACCAGCUAUAUUGACAUAUUCUUCGCGGUUGGUGGAUACUGCCCGACGGAUUUCGAGAAUGCCGCUUUACAUGCUCAAUUGGAAGCGCGAGGCGGAUACGUUGAAAAUUCCCAUGAUGGAGCGGGUCGAAUUUAUGAAGGGAAGGAAGCAUAUCCCCGGAACCGCGAGACUAGAAAUUGAAAGCGAUGAACGUAUGCAGUUUUAUAAAGCUAUGAUUAGGUUUGAUGCGAGAUUCUCAGGGUUAAGGUGGUUGAUGUAUAACUGGCGAAUUCUAUCCUUUGUCACGUUUAGUUCAAUGUUCUGGCUCACAUCAGUAGCUGCAACCUCUGCAGUCUGGAUGGCACUGAGCUCUUCCAGUGCUCUCGAAGACACGGUACCGGAAAUCGAAAAGGCGGAAUCUGAGGAUAAUGGUGGUUCAGUCAAGGAUGAAAGCGAAGAUGACGAUCAUUUCGGCCUUUCUGAAGAAAUUAUACAAAAACGUGAACGAUCCCUAACGAGAGUAAUCAAAGAAGAAGAAGAGAUUGAAGAGUCUACUAUGAUCGAACCUCUAAUGCCUGUAAACUUGGGCAACACCACCGAAGCAGGGGAAGCUAGUGCCAGCACACAGUCGAGACCAAGAUCAGACGCGGACAUCCAAGGACAUCGGCGCAUGCUGCGGCGGAAAAGCCCCGUUAUCAAGGACCCCAAAGACUGA